AGUGUCACAGUCCACGCUCGUCCUUUGGACUGCCAAGUCGCGUUUUCUGUCGCUCGCUGGCCGCUUAUAAAUUGUCGGUGACAAAUCGCGGUUUCGAGUGAACAACUGUAGGGGUCAUAACUCCAAAAAUAAACCUUUUAACUUACAAAGAAAAAUUAAUAAUAAAAAAACAAAUCAUUAUAAGUUAAAGUUCAAGUUUAAUGCAGGUGUUUAUAAUCAACUGUUGCUGUUACAGCUAAAGGCUGGAAGCCGAGAAAAUCCAAUGCAUAUGCUGCACCUGACCGGAGACAAGUCCUGGCAUUCCGUGGAGGCAAUGUAAGCAUUCCGGGACAUCCGUUGACGGCAGCACAUUAAGGAGGACCAACUUGAAAUUACCAUAAAGACCGCAGAGGUCGAGGAGUGCGGGGCAGCGGGUGAAGGGCAGAGGGCAGAGGGCAGAGGGCUGAUCGGGGUGUAGCGGGGUGACGAGGGGAGAGCGGUAAGAGAUGCGGUCGCUUAACAAGUCGGCGGGCGAGGAGGAGCUGACUGGCCUCAAUGGCAACUCCAGCGACUCCAUCUAUACCAUCAAGAGCAAGUGGAUCACCGACUGGAGCCUCAGAAGGGAGCGAGAUAAGCUUUGCAGUGUCAUUUUUAAGCGAGUCCUGACCCACACAGAGUGUAAACGACUCCUGGAGGCGGCGAAGAUCUAUGGCGAGAGUAGUGACUUUAGUUCCUGGUCGGUCAAUGAUCAGCUGCAAUGGUACCGCACCUUCGAUGUGAACAACACAAACCUUCUGUUGGGUCUGAGAAAUCAAUCCUCGGAGGGCGGCGGUUCCACCAUGUCGGGAUCCAAUUCCGACUCGGAGAUCCUUGGUCCGGUUCUGCCGCCCUUCGCCUUGUGGCAGACAAUCCUGAUCGCCAUUUGCCUGGCCAUCUGCAUCAUUUUGACGGUGGGCGGUAAUAUCCUGGUGCUUCUGGCCUUCAUCGUGGACAGGAAUAUCAGGCAACCAAGUAAUUACUUUAUUGCUUCGCUGGCAGCCACGGACAUGCUGAUAGGAACCGUUUCGAUGCCUUUCUACACGAUAUACGUGCUGAAGGGCUACUGGGACCUGGGUCCGAUGCUCUGUGAUCUGUGGCUCUCGGUGGACUAUACGGUCUGCCUGGUGUCCCAAUACACGGUGCUGUUGAUCACCAUUGAUCGCUAUUGUUCGGUGAAGAUUGCGGCCAAGUACCGGAGUUGGAGGACGCGAACGCGGGUGAUCUACAUGGUGACGAUCACGUGGAUCAUUCCCGCCCUGCUCUUCUUCAUCUCGAUCUUUGGCUGGGAGCACUUCACCGGGAAAAGGGACCUUCUGCCGGGUCAGUGUGCCGUGCAGUUUCUCAAGGAUCCGAUCUUCAACACCGCUCUGAUUAUUGGCUACUAUUGGACCACGCUGAUCGUGCUGUUUGUGCUGUAUGCCGGGAUUUAUAAGACAGCCUAUGACAUGCAGAAGCGCAGUGAGGCCAAGCAGCGGAAAAUGCAAUCCAUGGUGGCACUGAGUGCCGGAGCCAUGUCCGGAAUGGCAGGACAUGCGGCGGGAAUCGGAGUGAUCGAGGAGAAGAUCCUGAAGACGAAGGUGGAACUGGCGGGGGAUCAAACCGAUUUGGACAGUGCCUGCACCACUGCGAUCAAGCGAUUGAGUGGUUCGGGCCAGGCGAAUCCCUUGGCCACGGCCACCGAGGAAGUGGAGAAGAUGACCCCCGAGCAGCGGAGGGCUUCGGCUGCCAAGAUCCAGGAGGAGGCGAAGAAGCGGGAGGCAGCCGUGGAUGCGGAGAAAAGCGAGCGGUCCAGCAGUCCGGCCUUCGAUUCGGACGAGGAGUCGUCCGUCAACCAGGCCCAGCAGCUGAUCACCCAGCAGAAGCUGAACAACAUGCGCAAGCGAUCCUCGAUUGGCCUGGUCUUUGGGGCACAGGCCGCCCUGCUGGCCACCCGCAGCAAAGGUAACUUGCAGAAGAGCACCACCAACUCCAAGUCCAUCGAGGCCAUGCACCAGUACCACCAUCAUCAUCACCAUCAACACCAACACCAGCACCAACUCCAAAACCAGAGUCCAUUGCAGCGGGCGCAGAGCAAGGAAGAGGUGCGCACCCUGCACCAGCAGAACCAGUACCAGAACCAGAACCAGUUCCAGAACCAGAACCAGAAUCAGCAGCAUUUGCACCAGCCCAAACGCACCUCCUGCUCCACCCUCUCCCAGAUAGCCGAGCAUGAUCGUCUGGUUGACCUGUCGUCGGCCCCUCCCAUCGACCACAAUGAUCCCUUGUCUCCCGUGGACUUGGCGCCCAUCGAGGUGCCCAGCGAGGAAGUGCAUCAGGGUCUGGUGCAGACCAUAUUGCCACCACCAGACGCCUUCCAGUGCCCCACCCCGCUGUCCGAGGACUACUCGGAUCGUCCCUUUGGCAACAGCUCGGGGAACAGCGAACUGGCCCUGACCUAUGACCUGAUGACCAACUCGGAGCUGCGGUACAUGGAUGAAAGCUCCGCCAUGAUGGCGGUUACCACAUCCCCGAACAGCAGUGUCCAGGGGAAACCAAUCCUGCCUCCACCACCGCCCGCACGCCGUAAUCCACCCAAGACGAACCUCAAUCAAGCCUUGAGUCAAACCCCCAGCCAAACCAGCCAAACCAGCCAAAACCAGAGUCCCAGCCAAAGCUUGAGCCUCAACCUGAAUCCGAAUCACAACCAGAAUCAGAAUCAGAUCCAGAACCAGAAUCAGAACCAGAGUCAAAGUCAAAGUCAGAGUCUGGAGGAGGCUUCGGUGGCCAUUGAAAGACGUCUUCUCGUUUCGUACACAGGCAUCGAGGACUUUGCCAAGGUGAGAAGAGAGAGCUGCAUCGAGGCCAUCUGCCUGCUGGAUGUGCCUGGUAAGGUCACAGCCGAUUGUCCCCAUCGCAGGGCCUCCAGUCCCAUGGAGACGAGCAGCAAGGAUGCCAUACUCUACUCCCCCAUGCCACCCAAGCCACUUUCUCCCAAGGUCACGACUCAAACGCCACCACCACCACCGCCACCAGCAUUGCAGCUGCCACUGGAGCGGAUCGAUGAACGGGAAACCUCGGAUAGUAAUACCAACAAGAUGCCCUCUACCUCGGGCACCACCAGCAGUACGGCUGGAGGUGGUGCGGGCGGAGAAGUAACUACCAAAAAGGAUGCCCAGGAGGAGGAUCCGAACAGAGAGGACAAAGGCUUAGCCGCCAGUCGAAACUCCAGCAAGCGGGCCUUCAUCCAUUCCAUAGGCAAGCACUUUAAGAGCAAGAAGGCUCUACCCCUAAUCCUCGGAGUGGGCGGCAGGCAAAAGUCCAAGUCCGAGAAUCGUGCCCGCAAAGCGUUCCGCACGAUCUCCUUCAUAUUGGGCUGCUUCGUGGCCUGCUGGACACCCUACCAUGUGCUGGCCCUCGUCGAGGGAUUCUGCCGGCAUCCGCCGUGCAUCAAUGAGCACCUGUACAUGUUCUCGUACUUCCUCUGCUAUGCCAACAGCCCCAUGAACCCCUUCUGCUAUGCCCUGGCCAACCAGCAGUUCAAGAAGACCUUUACGCGCAUCCUCAAGGGGGAUCUGCACAUGACCUAAAGUGGGUAAUUCGGCGAUCCAUAAGUGGGUUUAGUUGGUGGUUGAGUUAAUGGACUUCCACUUGGCAUUGCACUUUCCCACCGGGCACCAGGCACUUGUGAGCCCCGAGAGCCUGGCGCCUUCAAAAGUCCCUAGAAAAUACAAAAUCCAAACCCAUAACCUCCCUAGGCCCUUAAGUUGUCUAUACAUAUAUAUAUAUAUAUAUAUAUAAACCCCAUUGAAAGUGCUCCGCUAAAUGGAAUAACCCUGGGAUCUCAGCCACCAAACACUUAUUAAAUUCAAAAUUUAAUUUGUUGGAAGGCAAAAAGUAUCUUUAAGUAGCCAAAGGUGUGUGCAAUAGUUAGAAUCGUUUGGGGGGGAAAAAAAAACUAUAUAGUUUGGGAUGCAUCUAGGUCUAGAGAGGCGCUCAGCGGGGCGAAAUGUUUUAGACAAUAAAUAUUUUAAUGUUAUGAUAACCUAUCUAUGAUAACCAGGCAAAAUAUAUAAUAUGAUAGUGAAUAAUAUACCAUAAAAUAAAGUAAGCUAAGAAAAUAUACACAUUACACGAGACUAAAAUCCCCUGAAACCAUAACACUCAUACAUAUCCCUUUUCUUGUUCCGCUGACUAUAUCAAUGGUAACCAAACAUAUGGAUGGGUUAUACCAUAAAAACCAAAGAAAAACACGUUAGGCCCUUUAAGGGAACUGGAACUUGAAACCCCUACAAUGGUAACACUUCGUGGGAAACCAUGCAAAAAUGUACCUAAAAUUUUGUUUAGAGCAUCUUAAGAUACUAUUACUUUGCCAGUUGUCUUUUUUGGUAGAUUAUAGAAUUUAGAAAAUCAACAAAAUAUAUAAAAACUGUGUUCAACUGUUUCCCCGAAUUGUUGCCGCCUUGGGUUUUAGCAGUUCCAUGCAAAUCCUGCAUCAGAUAUACGAUUUUAGAAAUACAAAAGAACCCCCAGCAAACAUACCCACGUAAUUGUCUAUGGACAAUGUAUGCCAAGACAAGUUCAACCGAUUUUGUGUGAAUAUUCAUGAGUGUAGAACAUACAAAAGUACAUACAAUAUAGCUACAUAGAUGUCAAUUUUUGCGCGAGCCAGCAAACAUACUUAUAUGAAUAUAUAGACGUCUCCUUCGCGCCUUUGCCAAGUUGCCUAACUGAGUUCACACUCUCGUUCUGACACUCUCUGUUUUCGGUUGAUGUUGAAGUACUCUGUUACUCUGUAAUUUGUUAACCGUUUUGUUAACCGAUUCGAUUCGUUUUCCAGUGAGUAAUGUGCUAAACAAGUUUUUGCCUUUGUUGAACGUUUCUUUUUAGCACGUAAGUGAUAAGUGUAACAAUAACUAAA